CGGUUUAACAUUUCUUGCCACAAAAUCUGUCACGGCUUCGUCGUAAGACUUAGGCUGGGCUAAACGCUUGCAUGGGAUUCUUUGCAGUAGUGCAACAAGUUCGCAGAGGGCUAGUGCAAGCCGUGAAACCAGUCGCCGCUGACACUGUCUUUCAGUGCAUGAGCGCGCACCGCCCCGAGACAAAUUGAAAUAAUACAUAGACUCGGUCAUUCUCCUCCCGGCAGUACUGGUGAUUGCACAUAGUAGUCAUGAGGGUUUUAGGAGCUAAUAAGGAUUCACGAAACGCGGCGAAAAUGGAGAACGAAACCGAUCGUGGCAAGCGACGGCACUGUCUUGGAGCUUCAGUGGAUGUGAUGCCUUUUGUGUUUUCUCUUGUGUCCUUCGCCUUUUGCUUUUUACUGAGCGUUCAGACCAGUGAUAUGAAGGACAGAAUCGUGGAUCUGGAGAUUGGAAGUGGCGCGGGGGUCUUAAACCCGUUUCAUGGGAUCUCUAUGGAUCAAUUUAAUGCAAAGAUCCAGGAGCGAUUGGACGAGCUGCUGUCACAGCGUUCUUAUGAACACUUGGUUAGAAUAAGGACUGCCCGUCAAGUCUCACCACCUGAAUGCAACUGUCCACCAGGUCCACCAGGCAAAAGGGGAAGAAGAGGACGCAAUGGAGACUCUGGACCUCCUGGUCCACCUGGCCCAAAAGGUGACAAGGGGGAUCAAGGUGACCAGGGACCAAGGGGACUUCCUGGUCUACCCACUCUGGCUGCAUUACACAGCAAUCAAAUCCUGACUGUGAAGGGUGACCAGGGUCAAGCAGGGCCCCCAGGGCCUCCUGGACCUCCAGGUCCCCCAGGCCCCAGGGGACCCCCAGGGGACACAGGAAAAGAUGGUCCUCGGGGAGUGCCAGGGCUCCCUGGAGACCCUGGAAUGCCAGGAGAGAUUGGUCAAAUGGGACCUGAGGGCCCUCCAGGACAGAAGGGUUCCACUGGGCCACCUGGUAUUCCAGGUAUCGAUGGAAUGAAGGGUGACAGAGGUGAACGGGGUGAAAAGGGAGACAUGGGAGAGGAGGGGCCAAAAGGUGACCCUGGAGAGAAGGGUGAUGCUGGAUCCUCUGCUGCUGGAAUCAAGGGUGAGCCUGGCGAGCCAGGGCGCGGAGGACAAAAGGGUGAGCCAGGACUUCCAGGGCUGCCUGGACUCCCCGGGAUUAAGGGUGAACCUGGAUUCUUUGGGCCUCAAGGUGAGCCUGGGCUUCCAGGCCUGCCAGGAACUAAGGGAGAGAGAGGAGAACAAGGACCGCCUGGCAAGGGUGAACGUGGUGAGACAGGUCCAGCAGGACACAAGGGAGAGCAGGGGGAACCAGGAGCACCAGGCCCGAAAGGUUCAAAGGGGGAUUCAGGAGACAAAGGUGAUGUAGGCCCAACAGGAUCACAAGGGCCACCUGGGGAGAAAGGUGACCAGGGUACAACUGAAAUCAUAGACUACAAUGGAAACAUCCAAGAGGCUCUUCAGAAGAUAACUACUAUUACAGUUACGGGUCCCCCUGGGCCUCCUGGACCAAUUGGACCAAAGGGGAUGAAGGGUGAUCAGGGUGUUCCUGGACUUCCUGGCCUGGAUGGUGAAAGGGGUCACAAAGGUUCAAAAGGGGACAUGGGAAUCCCUGGAAUAUCAGGAGAGAAGGGAUCAAUGGGUCUUCCUGGAUUACAGGGUGUGAAUGGUCUGAAAGGAGACAAAGGAGACACUGGUUUGCCUGGCCCUCAGGGACCCUCG